AUGGGCAACAGCACGAAGCGCCGUCGACAGCAGCGCGUUGCGGCCGUGGGCGCGCAAGUGGAAGAGAGCAUCCGACAGGACGCCGAAGACAAGAAGCUCCAGCACGUCGGGUCGACGCAGCUCUUCCAGCUCGACAGCAAGGGCGGCGACGUACCCACUCGUCUGGCCAAGAAGCAGAAGCUGCUGAAGCUGCAGAAAGACCCGUUGCUAGCGAGUUCGCGCAAGUUUGAUGUUGCUAAGCUCAACAAAGGAGAGGUCCUGGCUGUCAAGAAGCUACAGCAACACCAGCAGCAGAUGCAGCAGCCAACAGAGUCGAUGCAGCAGCAGCAGCAACUGACGGACAAGAAAAAGAGGAAGAGAAAGCAAGAGCCAGCGACGGAGAUUUGGUGUCAAGACGGCAGGAUCAAGGAAGAUGAACAGGUGCAGCAGCUGGACGAGUACGUAGCGCCGAUUAUCGUGAAGAAGCUCAAGCAACGCAAGCCCGUGGCUUCGACCAAGUACAAGGUGCCGACGGUCGAAGUCGCGGCCGCUGGCCAGUCGUACCAUCCAGAUUUUGACACGCAUCAGGAUGUGAUGGCGGAAGCAGUGGCAGAAGAGCUGGAACGGCGCGAAAAGACGGCGCUGCUGCGUGAGCCCGUGUCGAAGGGCAUGUCAAAGGAGACGUUGCAACACAUCAAAGAGGAGUCGUCGGACUCGGAAGCUGCCAGCGACUCGGAUGACGAAGACGACCCGAUGAAGAAGGCGCGCAAAGUGCCCAAGAAGGUGACACGUGCGCAGCGCAAUAAGCAGACACGGCACAAGCUGAUGGAGCGGGGUCACCAAGUGCGACGUAGCGAGAAAGCGAUCGUGAAGCAGAUCAAUGCCUCUCGCCAUAUUUUGCAAGAUAUUGUCAAGAGCGAGAAGGAAGCGUCGAAAAAGCAGGAGUUGAAGAAGCUCCAGCGAGAGCAAAAGCUGCAAGGCGAGCCGCUAGUGCGUGUGGGCGGAAAGUAUAUCAAACUCGACCGCACGAAGCCGGUCUCAUUCUCUGAGGAGCUCACGGGCACCUUUCGGACUCUGAAGCCUAAGGGCCAUCCCCUGCUGGAUCGCUUUGACAGUCUGCACAAGCGCAAUAAGAUCGUCAUUGGCCGGCCUAGUAAGACUCACAAAGCAAAGGUCAGGAUCAUUGAGAAGAAGUAG